AUACCUCGUAAAUCUUCCGUUUCAAUGGUAAGGCCCGCGAUGUGAUUGGCGAUGACACUAUCGCAGUUUCAUCCAAUCAGUCGUCGAUAUCCAAGCCGCCGCAUUGCAACACUUCUAAAAAAUUAGGAAAAGCGGCAUCCAAGCGUUGCUCCAUGUGAUUGCGUAGCGAAUCCACCAACAGGAAGUCCAACGGAAGGAAGGAACUUUCCUGAGCCAAGGAGCAGCGCAAGUAAGACACAGGCAAAAGGGUCAAAAGAGCGGAGGCAAAUUGUCCAGGAAAUACAACGACAACUUGCAAAGACUAUAAGCAAUGUCUUCGGCCAGAGACCUUAUCAAAGUCGACAUAGAAUGGGGCAUGGAGCGCCUGGUGCGAGCUCAGCAAGUGGUGGAGCUGCGGCCCUAUGACAUCGAGUCCUGGAGUGUCAUGAUCCGCGAGGCCCAAACGCGGCCAAUCCACGAAGUACGCAGCCUUUACGAGUCGCUAGUUAAUGUGUUCCCGACAACCGCUCGGUACUGGAAGCUAUACAUUGAGAUGGAGAUGCGCUGCCGGUACUACGAACGCGUAGAGAAACUUUUCCAACGCUGCCUAGUCAAGAUUUUAAACAUCGACCUAUGGAAGCUCUAUCUUACCUACGUGAAGGAAACCAAGUCGGGUCUAAGCACUCACAAAGAAAAAAUGGCCCAGGCUUAUGAUUUUGCACUGGAGAAAAUCGGCAUGGAUCUACACUCGUUCAGCAUCUGGCAGGAUUACAUAUACUUUCUGCGGGGCGUUGAAGCAGUGGGCAACUAUGCUGAGAACCAGAAGAUCACAGCAGUGCGCCGCGUAUAUCAAAAGGCGGUAGUCACACCUAUCGUGGGCAUCGAGCAGUUGUGGAAGGACUAUAUCGCAUUCGAGCAAAACAUAAACCCUAUUAUAUCAGAGAAGAUGAGUCUGGAGCGAUCUAAGGAUUACAUGAACGCCCGCCGUGUUGCCAAAGAGUUGGAAUACCACACAAAGGGUCUCAAUCGCAACCUGCCAGCCGUCCCGCCCACACUCACAAAGGAGGAGGUGAAGCAAGUGGAGCUGUGGAAGCGCUUUAUCACGUAUGAGAAGUCUAAUCCGUUGCGCACUGAAGAUACGGCCCUAGUCACCCGUCGCGUCAUGUUCGCCACAGAGCAAUGUUUGCUGGUGCUCACCCACCACCCGGCAGUGUGGCACCAGGCUUCCCAAUUCCUGGACACCAGUGCUCGCGUGCUCACCGAGAAAGGCGUGCGUACUAGUGUUGAAAACAUUUCACCUAUUCUCUGCGUUACUGUAGUGAAUCAAAUAGAGCGGGUUAUGCCCUUUGCUUGGUGGUGGGCAAAGGACGUCCAGGCGGCCAAGAUUUUUGCGGACGAGUGCGCUAAUAUACUGGAGCGGUCUAUAAACGGCGUGCUAAACCGAAAUGCGUUGCUAUAUUUUGCCUAUGCGGACUUUGAAGAAGGACGGCUAAAGUACGAGAAGGUGCACUCCAUGUACAACAAGCUGUUACAGUUGCCAGACAUUGAUCCCACAUUGGUCUAUGUUCAGUACAUGAAGUUCGCCCGUCGUGCUGAGGGGAUCAAGUCGGCCCGUAGCAUUUUUAAGAAAGCUCGAGAGGACGUAAGGUCGCGCUAUCACAUUUUCGUGGCCGCUGCUUUGAUGGAGUACUAUUGCUCAAAGGACAAAGAAAUUGCGUUCCGCAUCUUCGAGCUGGGAUUGAAGCGUUUUGGUGGCAGUCCAGAGUAUGUGAUGUGCUACAUUGACUACCUGUCCCAUCUAAACGAGGACAAUAAUACGCGCGUCCUGUUUGAACGGGUACUUAGUUCAGGUGGUUUGUCGCCGCACAAGAGUGUUGAGGUCUGGAAUCGCUUCCUCGAGUUCGAGUCUAAUAUUGGGGAUCUCUCCAGCAUCGUUAAGGUCGAACGUCGCCGUAGUGCCGUUUUCGAGAACCUUAAAGAGUAUGAGGGCAAGGAGACCGCCCAGCUGGUUGACCGCUACAAAUUUCUGGACCUUUACCCCUGCACCAGCACCGAGCUCAAGUCAAUAGGAUAUGCUGAGAAUGUGGGCAUUAUACUGAACAAGGUGGGUGGUGGAGCUCAAAGCCAGAACACCGGAGAGGUCGAGACAGAUAGCGAGGCAACGCCACCGCUGCCACGUCCAGAUUUCUCCCAGAUGAUUCCAUUUAAGCCGCGUCCAUGUGCUCAUCCUGGUGCCCAUCCACUUGCAGGUGGUGUAUUUCCGCAACCGCCAGCUCUGGCCGCUUUGUGCGCCACCCUGCCUCCACCGAACUCCUUCCGUGGACCGUUCGUUAGCGUAGAGCUACUAUUCGAUAUCUUCAUGCGUCUCAAUCUUCCGGACUCCGCACCGCAACCGAAUGGAGACAACGAAUUGUCGCCUAAGAUCUUCGAUCUGGCUAAGUCGGUUCACUGGAUCGUGGACACAAGCACGUAUACGGGGGUGCAGCACAGUGUUACGGCCAUUCCACCGCGCCGGCGACGACUGCUGCCUGGAGGCGAUGAUAGUGACGACGAGCUGCAGACCGCUGUGCCGCCCUCCCACGAUAUAUAUCGCCUGCGGCAGCUAAAGCGUUUCGCCAAGUCUAAUUAAGGAACGUUAAAAAACAUAUUUUCACUUUUUUCUUUCAAUUUAUGUAUUUACAAGAAAUCCAAUAAAGCAAACCACAUUAA